AUGGAGACUAAUAUGCUGACUGUUCUUCUAGGAUUCGUAUGUCUUACUGGUUCUGUUCACGCCUUCGAGUUGACCAUAGUACAUACCAAUGACAUUCACGCUCGUUUCGAAGAAGCAAAUGCCGUAGGUGGCAAAUGUAAAAGUGAGUCGAAAGUGGCCGGGUUGUGCUAUGGCGGAGUUGCCCGAAGACUGACGAAGAUACGCGAAAUAAACAGCACCAAUCCAAACAUGAUAUUGCUGGAUGCGGGAGAUCAGUACCAAGGCACACAAUGGUAUUCUGUAUAUCAAGGCGUCGCUACUGUCCACUUCAUGAAAAAGCUUGGCUACCAGGCAAUGGCGCUUGGGAACCACGAAUUUGACCGUAAUAUAAAGGGGUUGAUGCCACUCCUUGAAAACAGCACUUUCCCGGUAUUGAGCGCAAACAUCGACCCUUCUAGGGAGCCGACGGUCCGAGAUCUGAUCCGCCCAUCUACAGUUCUCAUCGUGGGCGGUGAACAGAUCGGCAUUGUAGGAUAUACGACGACGGACACGCCAAUCAUCUCCAGUCCAGGGGACUUAAUCUUCAAAGAUGAAGUGGAAGCGCUUCAGCCAAUCAUCGACGAGAUGAAGAGAAAUGGCAUCAACAAAAUUAUCGCCCUUGGACACUCCGGCUACGCCAGGGACCAGGAACUGGCGAGACAGCUAACUGACGUGGACAUCAUCGUGGGUGGUCACUCACACACCUUCCUCUACACAGGAAACCCACCAAGUAAAGACAAAGUAAUUGGACCUUACCCGACCGUUGUAGAAAAAUCUAACGGAGAUAAAGUUCUAAUCGUCCAGGAUUUUUUCUUCGGCAAAUUCCUCGGUUUUCUGAAGGUCCGGUUCACGGAGGGCGGCAAAGUGGAGUCGUGGGAAGGGAACCCCAUACUGCUGAACGACUCCAUUCCUGAAGACCCGGAGCUUCUUGCGGAAGUAGAAAGUUAUAAAGGGGAUGUGGUGAAUAUCAGCAGUCAACCCGUGGGUAGCAGUCACGUGUACUUGGACGGUCGACGGACUAUCUGUAGGCUUGGCGAGUGUAACCUGGGUAACCUUAUCACGGACUCCAUGAUUUGGAACAUGGCACAGUUGAGCUCGCCAAACGGCACGUGGAUCACUGCGGCAAUUGCCCUGAUGAAUUCGGGAGGGAUCCGAUCGCCGAUAGAACCAGGGGAGAUAACCGUCGGGGACAUUAGUACGGUGUUACCAUUCCAGAACAGUAUAGACGUGAUCCAAGUGACGGGUCGAGUGUUGCUAAAGGCCUUGGAACACUCCGUAGCUGCGUACAACCCCCAACAGCCAGGGGGAGGAUUCCUGCAGGUGGCAGGUUUGCAGGUUGUGUACGACUUAAAACGACCAAGCGAACAGCGUGUGGUUUAUGUGCGAGCUCGGUGUCAGCGUUGUGUGAUGCCAAAGUACGAGCCAGUUGACCCAGCAGACACCUAUUCCGUCGUCUUGCCGGGGUUUUUAGUGGAUGGCGGAGACGGUUAUAACUUUGAGUUGAAUGAAGGAGACCGGAUUUCAGCAGGUUUUCUGGACUCCGAUCUGUUUACACAAUUCGUGAAACACCAGUCUCCAGUGUACAGCAGCCAUGAAGGACGAAUCCAUUUCUGUGGGGAGGAAGAUGACACGAUUUUCUGUCCCAUUACGGCACAGGCGUCAGGACCCGAGCUUCCACCUGUCAUAGUCUGGCUGUCUUUGAUGACUGUCAAAGCGCUUUGUUACGUCGUAGUUUAAAGGCUGAGAAAAGAGAACUCUUCAUUUUGGACAGUGCUGGACACUGUAGAUUUUACAAUUGACCUUUGAAAUCUUACCAUGAUGCACAUCAUAUCUUACUAUAGCUAACUAUAAAAAUAUGGCAUGAAUUGAAAUGGUUACUUCCUUGGUGCCUUUUUGAAACUACUAUGUAGCAUGAUGGAUAUAUCCAACAAAAGUGGCUAACCUACAUUUAUAAGUGACUUCGCUUGAACUGGGAAAAUCAAAAACGCCGCUAUGUUUUAAUUUUAAAUCAAGCCCUCAAUUUUAAACACGAAACGCACGACAUGUAAAAGCCAGUAAGCGAAUCUAGGAGUGCUGUAAGAACUAAAGCACCUGACAUCAGCUUCAAAUAGAUGAGUCUCUGUUGAUAUCAUUCUGCUAAUAGAAGAAACGUUUUUCCUCGUGUCAGGCUUUAAACGUGUACAUUUAUCUUAAUAUAUGCUUAACCUGGAUUAGAACAGAAAACCUUUGCUUGCAUUGGGUUAGAAUAUGGCGUUGCCUGAUGGACAGAGUUUGCCUGUCUGAAUAUAGUCACCAUGUCAGUCCUGGUGAAUCCAUACGCUGGUGAUACGAAAUCACAACUUAAAUAACAUUUGCUUAGAUAUUGAAGUUUAGAUUCCUUAUUUUGAUGAGCCGAACACUUGUAGCCUUAUAUAAUGGCCAAUCUCCUGAAUCCACUGGGUUCUGCCUGCUUUUGUUCCACCCUAAUGCUGACAGCCGUCGUAUAAGUGACAUAUUAUUGGGCAGGGCGUAAAGCACCGAUUAAAUCAAAUCAAUUUCUGGAGUUACGAAUUAUUUCUCAGUAAGCUCCGAAGACUGUCCUUCAAAGUAUAACAGGCACAAAGGACAUGACUCAUAUCCCGAUUUUCAUGUGAACCUACUUUCCAUUUACAUCUCUCACACUUUGUCACGUGAUCCAUUGCCUAAAUGUUGUUUUUUUAUUUUAUCAGUUGUAGGCUUUUGCGAUCUUUAGAUUGCCAUACACUUCACUGUCAUUCUUGUAUGUUAUAAAGCUUGUACACAUAU